GAACGUUAUCGCUAUCUCCUGCGUACCUCAGUGAACCAUUGAUGUCAAUAUCUGGCAGCUCCGACCACGUUUGCCCUUUGCCGGUCUGCAAAGCACGGCACGGCACGCCACGCCACGCCACCAUGGCCGGCGACAAAAAACAGAGCAAGACAAUCGUCUUCCUGCACCCGGACCUGGGCAUCGGCGGGGCGGAGCGACUGGUCGUGGACGCAGCCGUCGGGCUGCAGAAGCGCGGCCACCGGGUUGUCAUCUUCACGAGCCACUGUGAUCCAGCCCACUGCUUCGACGAGGCCCGCGAUGGCACCCUCGACGUGCGCGUGCGCGGCAACACCAUCGUCCCGCCGACGGUGCUCGGCCGCUUCGCUAUCGUUUGCGCCAUCCUGCGCCAGCUGCACCUGAUCCUGCACAUCGCCCUCUUCACCUCGGAGCUGCGCGCCCUCGCCCCGGACUCCUUCUUCGUUGACCAGCUCAGCGCCGGCUUGCCCGUCCUCCGCUUGCUCGCGCCCGCCACGCCCGUCUUCUUCUACUGCCACUUCCCCGAUCUGCUGCUCGCCCAGGGCCGCGCCCGUCUCUGGAAGCGCCUCUACCGCGUGCCCUUCGACGCCCUCGAGCAGUGGAGCAUGACCUUCGCCGACGCCAUCGCCGUCAACUCGGCCUUCACCAAGUCCAUCGUCGCCCAGACGUGGCCGCGCCUCGCCCGCUCCCACAGCCUGCACGUCGUACACCCCUGCAUCAACACCUCGUCCCCUCCUUCUUCCCCCUCUUCCUCUUCCGCCACCGCGAACUCUCCCGAGCUGGCCAUUGAGCCCCUCCCCUGGACCGCCCGCAACAGCAUCAUCCUCUCGAUCAACCGGUUCGAGCGCAAGAAGGACGUCGGGCUCGCCCUGCGCGCCUUCGCGCGCCUGCCGCCCGCCCGCCGCGCCCGCGCCAAGCUGCUCCUCGCUGGCGGCUACGACCCGCGCGUGGCCGAGAACGUGGCCUACCACAGCGAGCUGGCCGCCCUGGCCGCCGAGCUGGGGCUGCGCGCCGCCACGGCCAAGACGCUCGUCUCGGCCCUGACCGUGCCCGACGACGUGCACGUGCUGUUCCUGCUGUCCGUGCCGCACCUGCUCAAGGAGAUGCUGCUGCGCUCCGCCCGCCUGCUCGUCUACACGCCCUCCAACGAGCACUUCGGCAUCGUGCCCCUCGAGGCCAUGCUGCGCGGCGUGCCCGUGCUGGCUGCCGACAGCGGCGGGCCCAGGGAGACCGUCGUCGAGGGCGUGACCGGCUGGCUGAGGGAUCCGGCCGACGUCGCUGCGUGGAGCGACGUCAUGGAUCGCGUGCUGAACGACAUGGGGGAGGACGAGUUGCGGGCGAUGGGCAGGGCCGGGGUGGAGAGGGUGAGGAGCCGGUUUGCCGAGGCGCAGAUGGCCGAGCAGUUGGACGGGAUCCUGGACGGCAUGGUCGGCGCGAAGAGGAAGGGGUGGCUGCCAGGGCUGGCGGUGCUGCUUGCGGGGUUGGUGGCGGUGGUAGCGGUUGUGAUCUCGGCCGUGGUGGUUGGGGCUGCCGGGAGGUCGAGCGUCUUGACGCGCACAAGUAGAUAGCCAAAAUACCAAGUGAGGUGAUGUUGAUGUGAGCGGGAAGUCCUCAGUGCGUCGCUUAUCCAUUUGCCAUGCUUGCGCCGCUGACCUCCCCUGGCGGCUGUAAACGUUUAAACCCACAGAGCGGACUGUGAGAGGCAUAGUCAGCAAUCACCUUACUCGAAUCACAGCAGCCCAGGACAGGUGCUUGGAGAUCAAUCUGUUCAUUGACGACGUCAUGCCAUGCCGGCUCCCCCAAGCG